GCCCUCCCCGCGGAGGUGCCCGGAUGUGGCCGCGCCGGAAGAGAAGCGCGUCUCCUCAGGGCCCGCCAUCUUGUGCGGCAGCGAGCAGGGCGCGGGGGGCCCGGUAGCAUCCGCGCAGGAUCCCGCCGACGGGGGCCCAUCAUGCCCGGACACCUGCAGGAGGGCUUCGGGUGCGUCGUCACCAACCGCUUCGAUCAGCUCUUCGAUGACGAGUCCGACCCCUUCGAGGUGCUGCGCGCGGCGGAGAGCCGGAGGAAGGAGAGCGGCGGCGGCGGCGGCGGGAGCCAAGCGGGCGGCGGGGCCCGCGGCCCGGCGGGCGCCCAGAGCGGCUCCUCGGGCGGGGCCGGCGGAGCAGGCCAGGCGGGCGGCGGCGCGGGCAGCGCGGCCAAGCAGCUGCGCAGGGAGUCGCAGAAGGAGCGCAAGAACCCGCUGCCGCCCUUCGCCGGCGGGGAUCGCCGGGAGGAUGGCGGGGGCCAGCCCGGAGCGCCGCUGCGGAAGGAGGGGAUAAGGAGGAUUGGCAGGAGGCCUGAUCAGCAGCAGCAGCAGCAGCAGCAGGGCGAAGGCAAACCCAUCGACAGGAGACCCGAGCGACGACCUCCCCGCGAGCGCCGCUUCGAGAAACCCGCCGAGGAGAAGGGCGAGGGAGGAGAGUUCUCUGUGGAUAAACCCAUCCUGGAGCGACCCAUGCGUGGACGUGGAGGCCUGGGCCGGGGCCGUGGCCGCGGGCGCGGGAUGGGCCGAGGGGAUGGCUUUGACUCUCGUGGCAAACGGGAAUUUGACAGACACAGCGGCAGCGAUAGAUCUUCUGUUUCACAUUCACAUUUCAGCGGCCUAAAGCACGAGGACAAGCGCGGUGGCAGCGGAUCACACAACUGGGGAACCGUCAAAGACGAGCUAACUGAAUUGGAUCAGUCAGCUGUAACUGAGGAAACGCCAGAGGGAGAGGAGCAUCCGCCUGCUGAUUCUGAAAAUAAAGAGAAUGAGGUUGAAGAAGUUAAGGAAGAAGGCCCUAAGGAAAUGACCCUGGAUGAGUGGAAAGCCAUUCAAAGCAAGGAUCGUGCAAAAGUCGAGUUCAACAUCCGCAAACCAAACGAGGGAGCUGAUGGGCAAUGGAAAAAAGGAUUUGUGCUCCACAAGUCAAAGAGUGAGGAGACAAAGGCGAUGACAGAAAUGCAGGGGAGUCUGCUGGAUUCAAAUGAGGCUCAUGCUGAGGACUCGGUAAUGGAUCACCACUUCCGCAAGCCCGCCAACGACAUCACAUCCCAGCUGGAGAUCAACUUUGGAGACCUGGGCCGCCCCGGCCGCGGCGGCAGAGGGGGCCGGGGGGGCCGAGGGCGUGGGGGCAGAGCCAGCCGUGGAGGCAGAACUGACAAGUUGGUCAAGGAGUUUGAUGUGAUCCACACGCCCAACCAGUCAAGUGCUUCUGCUCCUGACGUAGAUGACCCAGAGGCUUUCCCAGCUCUGUCCUAAACUGGAUGUCAUAAAGCCAACCCUGCCCUGGUCGGGCCUUCCUCUCCGAGGCUUGCAUGCUUAAGGAUCCUAAAACAACUAAGAAAUUGAAAAAAAAAACAAAACAAAACAAAAAAAAAAGAGACUGUCAUUCAUACCAUUCACACCUAAAGACUGAAUUUUAUCUGUUUUGAAAAUGAACUUCUCUCGCUACACAGAAGCAACAAUAUGGUAGUCAAGUUUUGUAUUUAGAAAUGUAAUGGUAGCAGGGAUGUUUUCAUAAUUUUUUCAGAGAUUAUGCAUUCUUCAUGGAUACUUUUUUGUAUUGCUGCUUGAAAAUAUGCGUUUCCAAACUUGAAAUAUAGGUGUGAACAGUGUGUACCAGUUAAAA